CAGGGGGAGCGAGAUAAGUGGUGAUAUGAAUCGUAUCUCAUUAUUACGAUUGGGACUAUGGCUGCAGAAAUUGGGCUGCUAAAUGAAGAUUGUAGAACUAAAUUUCAAUAUUUGGCAUCUAAGUUCGCAAGUUUACUCCAUGGAAGGAGUGAAUGUGAUAGACAACAAAUAAACUCAUUGUUCGACGAGCUAAAUGCUCUAGACAUCAAGUCACCUUUAGUCGGUAUUUCAGAUGAUGCUAUUCUCAUCAUAAAUCGAUGUACUUCAAUUGUGCCUUCCACGGACACAUUCUUGGUAGCAAAGGGUUGCCAGUUAAUUUCAAAUUUAAUCACAAAGCAACAUGUGAAGGUGGAAGGUAAAACAUUGUCCAUAGCUAUCAGAUGGUGUACGCAGUCUUUGAAAUACUGUGGGGAUGUAGCCAUUGUGGAUAUCCUACUAGCUUUUCAAGCUCUCCUGCGUAGGAAUGGAAGUAAUGUUGAAGAGCAAAUGGAUGAGUUGGCAGGUGCAAAUGGUGCAUUAACAUUGUUACUGGAGUAUGGAAAUCAACCAAACAGGAAGAAAGAUGGACUGAUAUUGGCAUCACCUUGGGAAGUGCAUCUUAUGGCCAUUGAAUGCUUUGAAUCCUUGGUCUUUCCUCCCGAUCCUCCUGCAGAACAAUUAAAAUUAAAAUAUCUUGAAGCUUGUGCACAGGUUUUUCUGAAGCAGUUAUACUCUGAAAAACAUCCAGAACAAGAAGAGCUGGUUUAUUGCAAGGUUCUGAUUGCAUCGCUGCGAGGACUGCAAAACAUUCUGCAGCAGUCUAGAGAUCUACUCAAGCAGCUUCUAGGGGAAGCACUGGGCAUGGUCAAGACAUACAUGCUGUAUGGAUUACAAGGCUAUACUGACUUGCGACCACAACAGGUGUUUCCGGCAAACCUCUUUUUAUAUGACAUUAGGCAAACUGCACUGCAUGAUGGGACAGGUGGCAAGAGUGUUCGAGUGAAGAAACGAAAUCUGCAGCGUCAGAAAAAAUCAGACUCUACAACCAAUAGGAAUGUUGAAGAUGGAGGGAGGAAGAACCAUAGCAGCCCCAUACCGACACAGUCUUUCUGCGCAUACACUUUUCGUGAUUCUGCACAUAAUAUGAUGGCAACUGAGAGUAGUUUGGAGACUUCCCUGUACCCUGUGUGGUUGAAAACUAGUGAUUCAGACUUUUCUGACACAGAGGCUGGACAAGCAGCCAAAAACAGAGUGACUCAGGGAAGAGUACGAAAGUCUGCACUGUCACUUCUCAUAACCGUCACAAAGGUGUGUGAUCGGAAGCUGUUAUUUGGCUACUGGUCAAGCCUCUUGCCUGAUGGACCAAACAUGUUCCAAGCACCUACGCUAUGCACAAGUCUUCUGAAAGAUCCGUCACCACACAGCAGGAUGCUGGUACCACAGAGUCUCAUUCUGAUGCUCACAGGCUCUAGGCUCUAUCUCUCACAGGCUGAGAAGAGUUCAAAGAGCUCUAUACCAUUUACACCAUUCUCAGUAACGAUUGGUAAUAUGGUACGGGAGUUACACCAAUCACUCUGCUUGGCACUUCCAAUGGAGAAUUCCAUUCCUGUCAUCACACAGCUGCUGAAGUGCCUGGCUGCCCUGGUUCAGAAUACUCCAUAUCAUCGCCUGGAGCCUGGACUGAUCACCAGGGUAGUCAGAAAUGUCAAACCACACCUUAGGCACAAGGAUUCAGAUGUUCAGGUGGCAUCUCUGACAGUCCUUGGAUCAAUAGUAGCAGUAGAACCAAGCACGCCUGAAAUUACAGAUAUCCUUUGCAAGAGUUCAAUAAGUUCCAGACAGAAACACUGUGACACUGGACUGAUACCAGAAUCAGAGUACAAGAUGUGCAGAGACCAUGAUGGAGAAAAAUGCCAGCAGCCUGGUUCUAACCAGGACGCUGAUUAUGAAGAUGAACUGGAAGAUGGUACUGAUGCCUUUGUAGACUGUAUCAGCACAGAUGUUAAUAACCAAAUGUCAUGGUUAUUGGAAGUGUGUUUAAGAAACCUGCAACCAUCUUCCCUGAAGGAAGGUAUAAGAACAGUGAAUGCUGGUGGGGGUGCUGUGUUUUUGCCUUGUUCAGCUCCUGUGAGGGUUGAAUGUCUGCAAGUACUUACAGUUCUAGCAAGAAACUACUAUACUCAGGUGAUAAGCAGCCAUAUUGGACAACUGAUGCAACUGCUAGGGCAGACAUUGAGUGAUGGAAAUGUGACCAUUUGUCUUCACUCAGGACGUGUCAUUGAAGCACUGGGCAAUUCAAUGCAGCAGUGCCUUCAGGAACAAGGUGGAACAACAGGAGUUUCAUUAGACAAAAACCUGCAGUUCUGGCAAACAAUUCUCUCAGGACCUCUCAUCUCACUGGUCCAGAAUGCAGAACAAGCAGCUCUGAGAGCCGCUGGCUGCGACUGCUUGGCCACCAUCGGAACAGGAGUUUUUGAACAGCUACCACGAGAUAAACAGAUUCUAAUAGUCACACUACUGUUUGGAUGUAGUCAUGAUGAAGAAAUCAGUGUGCGGUCGUCUGCACUUCGUGCCCUUGGUGUAUGUGUGCUGUUUCCAACACUUAGAGAAGAUAUUCACUUCAUUAUUGAUACAUCUGAUUGUGUGAUCAGGACACUUCAUGAUGAGUCAUUAUUGGUGCGAAUGAAAGCUUCAUGGUCUCUUGGCAAUCUGAGUGAAGCCCUGGUUCUCAAUUCGAUGGCUGAUGACAUUGAAGAUAUUCCCACGGAACUUCUUCUGAAACUGAUGGAAACAAGUAUUAAAGUCACUCGUGAUAAUGAUAAGGUACGAUCCUCUGCAGUGAGGGCAGUGGGAAACUUUGUAAGACUAAUCACAGAAGAGAUGAUGAACAAAAGUAAUUUUAGAGAAUUUAAUGAUAAAGCUAUAACUGCACUGGUGCGAAAUGCUACAACAGGAAAUAACAUGAAGGUAAGAUGGAACGCAUGCUAUGCCAUUGGAAACACAAUGAGAAACAGUGCCUUAUAUUUGGAGAAUUCUGCAUGGCAGAACACAGUAUUCACUACAAUAAUGAACCUGGUCCAGGAUGUUCGAAAUUUUAAAGUGCGGAUCAGCGCUGCUUUAGCACUGUCGAUUCCACAAAGCAGACAGCAGUAUGGCUCUUACUACAUCACUGCAUGGACUGCUUUACUCAAUGGACUUGAUAAUUCACAGAAUAUGGAAGAUUUUAGUGAAUACAAGCAUUGUGAUAAUCUUCUAGAUCAGAUCUGUCUGACGAUGGGCCACUUGGCAAGUUUGGCCACAAGAGAUGACCUAACCUUUCUUCAUGAUAUACUCAUAUUUCAUCUCGAUACUCUAAAACACCAUCUUCUCAAGUUUCAUGAGCGAGUUGUUCCUGAGAAGGCUGGGGUGCUAUCUGCUGCUUCCAGUCAUGCCACAUCCCUACUUCAACUGCAAGGCCUAACAUCCAGUCAACACAAUGCAGCCACUGUGCUUGUCAGCAUCUUUUUACAAGACCCUGAUCUACCACUGCAAUAUAAUUAAUGACA